GCGCGAUACGAAGUCGUGGAGUACUCUAGACAACUCCCCUUCGUCUGCCGUAGAUGGAUGGAGCUCUUGGUGAAGUUAAUGAAGCCGUUCUUCUGGGAGGACCUGGCGGUCACAAUCGACGGCGAUACUUUCGAACCUUAUGUCAUUGAAACGUUUUUCAAGGCUUCUCGCGGCCAACGUCUUCACGUAAUCAUUUCUCCCUCCGACCCACAGUUAUGUGCUCUCACUAAGGAGCAAGAACACGAGCGUCUUAUGGUCAUCAUGAAACUCCUGGCCCCUCGCUUCAGACGCCUGCAUUCCCUGUCAGUCGAAACCGUGUACCGCUCGACCAUCGUGGCUAUCAGCCGGUUCUUCGACAAUGUCAAGAUGCCUCAGCUCACGCACUUGCGCCUUGUCCCGCGGAUUGCCGACGACGACUCGUCGCUCGACAUCUCUUCUUUAGAAUGUCCCCACCUUUACGAGUUACACAUCGACCCCGAGAGCUUUUUGAACCUUGCCGAGGACUGCGACUUCAUAUGGCCCAGCGGAGGCGACGAGUUUGCCCUGCACAUUACAAGCUGGAAGCCGACAAGGCCCUCCAACACCGUCAACUCGCCUCGUUUUAUCCAAGCCUUGCGUGACUUGGGUGAAGCAAGAAAAGAGUCUUUCGCUGUCGAGAUUCAAGACGUCAGCUUUAACCAUGAUGACUUCUACAUAAGGGGCGCGCCUAUCGAGUACCUGUACUCGCUCAGGCUUCAGGGCCUUACAGGCUUUUUCCUCAGCAUUUUGUUCGAGCACAUCGACUUUCCAGGACCCAACCAGAUCUACAUAUCCCAUUGCGAUAUGGAGGGCGACGUUAACACAGAUGGACAGCGGCGUGCUGUGGACGGCGACGAACUCCAUCUUGACAACAUUCGCUCGAGCACUUCGCUCCUUCGCAUGAUACAGGACUUUCGUGGGUUUAAGGUCCGCAUCAAUGACUGCCCAGGUUUCAACGACUGGGUGCUCGGGGCCAUGGCUUUUGUAUGCGAGAAGCAGCAGCGGUUCGCGUGCUCGUCCAUGACCUCUCUCUCAAUCAAAGGGUGUACGUUCUCGCCUGAUGCUCUCAAGUGCAUGUGCGAGAUGAGGCUAGGUGCAGGCACGAUUGAGGACCUAGAUGUCAGUGGCGCACCGCCGCUCGAUGAACAUCUUAGGGCAUGGUUUGUAGAGAACGUCGAUGAGUUCUCAUGA